AUGAACGUCCUAGUCUACUCCGGACCAGGAGUAUCCACCGCCUCCCUCACCCACACCCUCUUCUCUCUGCGCACCGCCCUAUCCUCAGCCUACGCCGUCCAGCCCAUCCUCCCCCAAGCACUUAUCAACGAGCCCUGGCAGCCAACCUGCGCCCUCCUCGUGAUCCCGGGCGGCCGCGACCUGCCUUACGUCUCCUCCCUCUCCUCUGCACUUCCCAAGAUUCGGAAAUAUGUAGAAGAAGGGGGGAAGUUUCUAGGCGCUUGUGCGGGGGCUUAUUUCGCGAGUGAGGAAUGCGACUUCGAGCGCGGGACAGAACUCGAAGUUUGGGGGAAGAGGGAACUGCGUUUCUUCCCCGGACGGUGCGAGGGGUGCACUUUCCCAGGGUUCAAAUACGAGAGCGAGGAUGGUGCACAAGCUGUGGACAUAUUCCUCGACCUCCCCGCAUGGGGGACACACGCACCUAGCUCAGGGGAGCUCAAAGGGGUGUACUAUAACGGCGGCGGCCACUUCCACCCACCCCCCGCCGUGCUCCAGUCAGGAGAAGUCACUGUCUUGGCGCGGUAUGCCAACCCCCCGACACCGGAAAAGGGGAUAUGUAUGAUCCUCUGCCGCGUUGGUCAAGGUUUGGCCCUGCUCACCAGCCCGCAUGUCGAGUAUCCCUUGCUUGCCGAGCCGGCCAAGAGUGCUUUGGACAAGUCUGGCUAUCACAGCUCAGGGAGGGAUGGGAUGGAGCAGGCGAGAAAGUCGCUCGUUCUCUCUCUUUUCCGGCUGCUUGGACUUGAUCCGCCUGUUCAGACCGAGGCCCCUACGACACCCCUCCCGCAGUUUCUCGUCUCCUCCCCCUCCAGACCCGAGCUCAGCCGCCGCGUACUAGAGGUUCUCAAAUCCAUCGCUUCGCCCUCCGAAUCCCAAGUCCCGGAAAUCAAAGAUGCCAAUGAUACGUUCCUCCUCUACCCCCGGGCAGCAGCAGAGACACUCCUGUCGCAGGCGAGGGCGCGCUUGCCAGACAAUGCACUGGACAGCACACCUGGUCCGAGGGCGAUCAUCGCAUAUACAGAGGGGCUUCCAGGGAAGGCUGAAUGCCCGUUAUUUGACCUGCAAGGGUAUUCCUCCGAGCUGGAGCGGGUGAGGGAGGACUUGGGCCUGGCGGAGAACGAGGGAGACACGAAAGGAGAAGAGUGGGGAAUGGGACAAGUCAUGUUCUACGGUGAGGCAGUAACGAGUACCCAAACCCUGCUUGACCGGAACCCCAUUCUACUCACCGCCCUCCCCUCCCCCUUCCUCUCCCUCGCGACCUACCAACUCACCGCCCGAGGCCGAGGGAGCAACAUCUGGCUCUCCCCCUCCGGCUGCCUGCAGUUCUCACUCCGGCUCCGCCCGCCCCCCUCUUUCCCCUCCUCAAGGCUCGUCUUCGUCCAAUACGUAUUCAGCGUCGCUGUCGUCCGGGCUUGCCGAGCCCUACUUAGAGAACUGGGCGGAGAGGCAGCGGCAGAGAGGGUGAGGCUUAAGUGGCCAAAUGACGUUUACGCCAUCGUAGAACGGGGGGAGAGGAGAAAGCUGGGCGGGAUCCUGGUAGGCACUAAUUACCUCAAAGGACGGUUCGAGCUCGUGAUCGGCUGCGGGCUAAACGUACUAAACACCCGGCCGACGACGUCCCUCAAGCACCUGCUCUCUCUACACUCCGCCCCUCCCCCCACACUCGAAUCCGUCCUCGCCCGCCUCCUCCCGACAUUCGACGCCAUCUGGUCGCUCUUCCUCUCCCAACACGGCGAUUUCCGCCUGUUCGAAGAAGAGUACCUCACCUACUGGCUACAUAGCGACCAGCUUGUGAGGCUUACCACCGUUUCCCCGCCUGUGGAUGUACGAAUCGUCGGGAUUACGAGGGAUUAUGGGUUGCUUCGCACUUUGCGAGUCAAAGAUCCUUGGAGGGCGCGGUUGGGAGAGGACGAGUAUAUCGAUCUGCAGCCGGAUGGGAACUCGUUCGACAUGACCGAGGGACUGAUCAAGAAGAAGACGUGAACCGUCUGGGGAAGUAAUAGUCUAAUAAUAUAAUAUAGG